AAGCAAGUUGUCUUCUGCCAGGCCCCCAUAGUGCUUCAUUGAUCGCCCUGCUCCUCAUCAACUUCAGUUACUCCGAACCCAUACGGUCCUUACUAUAACUACACCAUGUUGGACAUUAAGCAGGCUGAUAAGGCUGUCAAGGCUCUUCUCGGACACAUUGAAAAGGUUGGACAAAGCAAGAAUCAGCUCAUGGAGGAGGAUCAGUUUGUUUGGCUAAUCAUUGCUACAAAGAAGUUCUCAGAUGUCAACAAAGCAAAGCCUCAGCGCAUUCCUCUAAAGUACCCGAUCACUCCAUCAGAUGCAGAGGUCUGUUUGUUUGUCAAGGAUCCUCAGAAAGAUUAUAAAAAAUUGUUGGAAGAUAAGAAUGUCAAAUCGAUCAACAAAGUCAUUGGAGUGUCAAAAUUGCGUGCCAAAUAUAAACCCUAUGAAGCAAAGCGUCAAUUGUGUGCAUCCUAUGGUAUGUUUUUGGCGGAUGCUCGCGUGGUGGCUGUCUUACCCAAAUUACUCGGCAAAACGUUUUACCUCAAAAAGAAACAACCCGUUCCUGUCGAUAUGACCAAAACCGAUCUCAAGAAAGAAAUAUCGCGCGCUAUUGGAUCAACAUAUAUGCAUCUUACCUCUGGAACUUGCACUGCUGUCAGGAUCGGAUUGACGAGUCAAACUCCUGCUGAGAUCACUGCCAAUAUCGAGACUGCGAUCCCCCAUAUUGUUGCAAAGAUUCCCCGCCAAUGGAAAAAUAUUCAGGCUAUUAAUUUGAAGACGAGUAGCUCAAUUGCCUUGCCUAUCUUCAAUUCUCUUCCUAACGAUGGUACCACUAGAAUCACUGUCCAGAAAAAGCCAAAGUCAGUGAGCAUGGAUCAAGAUGAAGAAGAAGAGGACGAGGAUGAUGAAAACGGUGAAGAUGAGGACGAGAACGAGGAGGAAGAUGAGGAAUAGGAGACAAAAAAAAAUGGCAUUAGAAAAAAGAAAUAUACGCACCACCAUUCAGCACAUCGCGUUCCUUAACUUCUCUCCCCCAUUCUUUUACUUUAAACUAUGUAUUGUACGUCUAUGAGAACGAAAGAUCCAAAUGC